CUCCACAGGCCUGAAUCCAGGCCAGCAGCCAUCCUCCCCCAGCCUGAGUGACUCGGUUCCUUGGUCCCUGCUAUUGUCAGGGACGAUUGCAUGGGCUACGCUAGGAAAGUAGGCUGGGUGACUGCGGGACUGGUGAUUGGGGCUGGCGCCUGCUACUGCAUUUAUAGACUGACAAGGGGAAGAAAACAGAACAAGGAGAAAAUGGCUGAGGGUGGGCCUGGGGAUAUGGAUGAUACUGGUGACUGUUCUGGGGGCAGGUACAAUGACUGGUCAGAUGAUGAUGAUGACAACAAUGAGAACAAGGGUAUUGUAUGGUACCCACCUUGGGCUCGAAUUGGGACUGAGGCUGGGACCAGAGCUAGGGCCAGGGCCAGGGCCAGGGCCACCCGGGCACGUCGAGCUGUUCAGAAACGGGCUUCCCCCAAUUCAGAUGAUACUAUUUUGUCACCUCUAGAGCUGCAGAAAGUUCUUUGCUUGGUUGAGAUGUCUGAAAAGCCUUAUAUUCUUGAAGCAGCUUUAAUUGCUCUGGGUAACAAUGCUGCUUAUGCAUUCAACAGAGAUAUUAUUCGGGAUCUGGGUGGCCUCCCAAUUGUUGCAAAGAUUCUCAAUACUCGAGAUCCCAUAGUUAAGGAAAAAGCUUUAAUUGUUCUGAAUAACUUGAGUGUGAAUGCUGAAAAUCAACGCAGGCUUAAGAUAUACAUGAAUCAAGUAUGUGAUGACACAGUCACGUCUCGCUUGAACUCGUCUGUGCAGCUGGCUGGACUAAGACUGCUUACAAAUAUGACUGUUACUAAUGAGCAUCAGCACAUGCUUGCUAAUUCCAUUUCAGACUUUUUUCGUUUAUUUUCAGCAGGAAAUGAAGAAACCAAGCUUCAGGUUUUGAAACUCCUUUUGAAUUUGGCUGAAAAUCCAGCCAUGACUAGAGAACUGCUCAGGGCCCAAGUACCAACUUCACUGGGUUCUCUCUUUAAUAAGAAGGAGAACAAAGAGAUUAUUCUUAAACUUUUGAUCAUAUUUGAGAAUAUAAGUGACAAUUUUAAAUGGGAAGAAAAUGAGCCUACUCCGAAUCACUUUAGCGAAGGUUCACUUUUUUUCUUUUUUAAAGAAUUUCAAGUAUGUGCUGAUAAGGUUCUGGGAAUAGAAAGCCACCAUGAUUUUUUGGUGAAAGUAAAAGUUGGAAAAUUUGUGGCCAAACUGGCUGAGCAUAUGUUCCCAAAGAGCCAGGAAUAACUUCUUGAUUUUGCAGUCUAGAAGCAAUAUAUAUUGUAAACUAUUCCUUUUCUCCACUUGUUUAUAUGGUAAAGGAAUCCUUUCAGCUGCCAGUUUUGAAUAAUGAAUAUCAUAUUGUAUCAUCAAUGCUGAUAUUUUCCAAGUUGGUCUUCAGGUUUAAGCUGGAUGAUGACUAUUAUACUUGUUCUGAAAACAUGUUUGUUGCUUUUUAUCUUGCUGCCUAGAUGGGAAUAUUUUUACUAUUUUCUCUGCAUAAGUGACAGUGAACCAAUUCAUCAUAAGUGAGCUCCUUUCUGUCAUUUGCGUUGACUUCAUUUGUGUCUCAUCAAUAAAAUUGUGUGUUAAUUCUGGAAAGAAAA